CUUUCUCAUCUCUCUCUCAUCUCUCUCUAAAAGUCUCAAUCAUACUUCCCAAUUUCUCUCUCUAUUAUUAUUCAUCACAUUUGUUUUGAUUUGAAGAAGAAAACGAGGAGGAGCAGAAGAGUUGGGACUCUAAAAUGGCGUUCCAGGACCACUUCUCUCAGGAAAUGGCUCUUCAGCAGCAGCACCACCACCACCAAAACGCCGCCGUUUUGCACUCCAUGCUUCCCGCCGAUCACCACUCCUCCUCGCCUAAAUCGCCGCCCUCCACCUGGCUCAAUACCUCCCUCCUCCGCCAGCACACCCACCACUUCUCCGCCCCCGCCGACGGCGCCUCCGCCGGAUUCCUCCACCUCCAGACUACGAACUCCGACUCCUCCGCCUCCAACCACUGGCUCUCUCCCACCGGCGAGCCGCCUAAGAGCGACGUCGUUUCCGAGCCGAUUCACGGCAACAACCACGCUAUAGGUAACGAGGAGGGCAGCUGGGAGAGGGAGAGGUGCAAGGCGGACAUUUUGAGCCACCCGCUGUACGAUCAGCUCCUGUCGGCGCACGUGUCCUGCCUGAGAAUCGCAACUCCGGUGGACCAGCUGCCGAGGAUCGACGCCCAGCUUGCCCAGUCCCAAAACGUCGUCGCUAAGUACUCUGUUCUUGGUCAAGGUCAACAGCCUCUCGACGAAAAAGAACUCGAUCAAUUUAUGACACACUAUGUUUUGUUGCUCUCAUCAUUUAAAGAACAACUACAUCAACAUGUCCGAGUCCAUGCCAUGGAAGCAGUCAUGGCUUGUUGGGAACUAGAGCAAUCUCUUCAGAGCUUAACAGGGAUGGCACCUGGUGAAGGUACUGGAGCAACAAUGUCUGAUGACGAUGAUGAACAAGCGGAUAGUGACACAAACUUUUUUGAUGGAGGCGUGGAUGGACCGGAUACUAUGGGUUUUGGUCCUCUUGUGCCAACUGAAACCGAGAGGUCUUUGAUGGAGCGUGUGAGACAAGAAUUGAAGCAUGAGCUCAAACACGGUUACAAGGAGAAGAUUGUGGACAUCAGGGAGGAAAUCUUACGCAAGCGAAGAGCUGGAAAGCUGCCCGGCGAUACAACAUCUGUCUUAAAAGCCUGGUGGCAGUCUCACUCAAAAUGGCCAUAUCCAACGGAGGAAGACAAAGCACGACUGGUACAGGAAACGGGCUUGCAACUAAAACAGAUAAACAAUUGGUUCAUCAACCAAAGGAAACGAAACUGGCACAGUAAUCCUUCAUCCUCCUCGUCUUCUCAGAAAAGCAAACGCAAGAGUAGUGCCGGGGAAAAAAUGAGCAGCGAGCACUUCAUGUGAGGGGCAGAACUUGUAUAGUGGCAAUCCCGUCAAAUCACAUAUCAGUAUACCAAUAGUUAGUACUGGACAUGAAAAUUGAGCUCUCCCGAUAUGGCCAAAUCCGCCCUCGUUGUCUGGUCUUGGCAUCUUGGCAGGUCCAUUCCAUUUGGUAGAGCCUAUGCUUUUGAGUAUUUCUUUUUAAAUACAAUGCGACUUAUAAUAUUUAAGCAGCGGUGCAUAUUUUCUCCCCACUUCUAUUUGGUUCUUUAACGUUUUUUAGCAUCUAUUAUUUUGGGUAUAACCUGAAUGUUAAAUACGAGAGUAGUUAUAUUUUACAUGUCCAUGUUUUGUAAGUUUCACCUUUUUGUUCUAUGUGAAUAUAAGUGGGUGACGCUGUUGAUCAUUGGAGACAUUAGAGUAGUAGUGGAUACAGUAUUUCUAGAUGGAUUAUUUGUCUUGAAUGAACUUAUUUUAC